AUGUCGAGGAGCACUCUCCGUUCUUACAGUGCCGCAAGUGUCUGCAAUUCGGGCACACCGCCAAAAACUGCAAAAACCCCUCCGACCGCUGCGCACACUGCGCUGAGGAGGGGCACCUUUCACACGACUGCCCAACCAAGGACAAAUCACCCAAAUGCUUUAAUUGCAUUAGACACAAAACCAGGUUCCCUAAUAGCAAAUAUGACACUACACACGGAUCCACCUCUCACACGUGUCCUAUCCCCACAUUCCAUCGCCCUUGUAUCUGAGCCUUACAUAGGCGCCAGAAAGGAAGUCAAACUUCCCUACGGAUAUCCCUUAAACAUCAUUCAAUUUCCUAGUAAUUCUUCCCCUGUCAGAGCCUGCAUCAUAGCCAAACCACAUAUCAAACUCUUCGGCAUCACGGAAUUCUCUUCCUCGGACCUAUGUGUGGUUCGGACACAGAUAGGACACACACAGUUACACAUCGCCUCCAUUUACAUACCACCUCGACAUGACCAUCUAGACACACUUUCACUGAUUGAAAACUUCUUGCAACACAACAUGAACACGCAAUGCAUACUGGGGGGCGAUCUCAACGGAUGGAACCCUCUCUGGGGGAGCAACCGCCGCAACGCCCGCGGAGUUAGGAUAGAGGAGUUAGCCGACGCAUACGGCUUGUACGCAUUGGUGUUUGAUUUC